GCCACAUCGCAUUUUGGACUUAGAGGAGCACGCGCCAAUGCCUCUUUCUUCCCAGCUGUCAGUAAUUAGCUCAAGCUUUGGGCGAGCUUAUCCCACGUUUCAUGGGGAGUACCCAUUUGGAUUCCAUUGGGGACACCCUUUGUCCAGAUGUGGAUAACUGAUCUUCAGAAGGCGAGAUGGUUUCCACGUCCAUCAGACUUUCCGACGUCAAUACCCGGCCCGUGGCCUCUGGGCGUGGUGCCGAUCCAAGAGCUUGAGCCAGGUGCCGGUUCAAAGUCUAUUCUUUCUAUCUGGACUUUUGUCUCUACGUUCUUUUGAGCUCAAGCGGACCCCCCAUCCCCGCAUCCAGGAGAGAGGAUGGUUCCGAUCCUUGCGUAACCCGACCUUCUUUCAUUAGGGUGCCGUCCCUACGGAUCGCAUGCCAACGAAUACGGCCGACUUUGGCUCCCUAGAUCUUCUUACCUUGUUCUCCUUCUGAUUGUCCUUUCUUGCCCCUGCCGCAAUUUCCCUGAUGCAGCAGUGGCAAUCAUCAGGUACGAUCAACCUCAUGUCGCGGCAUGGUAGACGUCGACAUUGACCCGCACCGACCUCGUCGCGUUAUCGCGGUCGCCAUCUUUUGCCUCUGCCUCACCUGGGUCGCCGUGCCGCUGCGCAUCUACUCGAGGCUUUUCCUGACACGGGUCUUCACUCUCGAUGACAAGCUCAUAUGCUUGGUCCAGAUUACAUUCACCGCGUACCUUCUUACGGAUAUCGCAGCAGUCUUCCAUGGGUCUGGACAUGAUGCUGUAGAGUUUUCGCCAGAGGACAGAAGGAUAGCUCUUCAGCUUUUCUUCGCCGGCGAACUCCUUUAUCUGAUUACUACUCUACUCCUAAAAGUCUGCGUUGGCCUACUGUUGCUCAGCAUUGCCAUUGUACCUUUACACAUCUGGACACUUCGAAUACUCCUCUGUUCGACAUUCGUGUUCGGGUCCCUGUACUUCGUCCUGGUCAUCUUCCAGUGCAGACCGCUUCACGUAUUCUGGGACGUGGGCCCUCGGACACCAGGCAGCUGCUUCUCAGAUAGCGUCGUGCUUGGCUGCACAUACACCCUCGCAAUUCUGAACUGCCUCGCGGACUGGACCUUUGGCGUUCUGCCGUUGUUGAUUGUCUGGUCGCUGCAGAUGCGCCUAAAGACGAAGCUACUAGUCAUUCUGCUGCUAGGCUUCGCAUCCAUAGCGAGCAUUGCGACCAUAGUGCGCGCAGUAGCUGUUCCAGCACUGCUCAACCAGGAAAACUUUCUUCGCGACACAGCAUAUCUCGCCAUCUGGAGCAACAUCGAGCCCGGUAUUGGCAUAGCGGCUGCCUGUGCGCCGGCUCUAUCCCCGCUGGUUCGACAUAUCCUCGGGAAAAGACAACGGCGGGGAUACGAAAGGGGCAUCUGGCGAACACGGGACCUUCCAACAAUCACAAACGACUCAAUGGCGCUAUCGGACAGAACAGAGAGGAGGCAGCACGAGUUUCGAAGCGGAGGCACAUCUAAAAACGACGUACUACGCCUGCGGUUCGACGACUUUUCAUACGAAUCCCGGAUCUCCUCCGGCCCACAGGCAAAUCAGAUGCGGCCGGUGCCGCCGCCAAGGAGUCGGGCGUCAUGGGCCUUUCCGUUACGGCGCGGGUCAGGGGCCAGCGGCGGCGGCUUCGAUUGUCUCACUGCUGAUACCACGCUCACCACAUCGACGAUAUCGUCAGACGGGGCAGCGACCGAGCCGCCGUCCUCGGGGAUCAUGAAGACGAUGGAGUUUCAGCUGUCGUAUGAGGCGAGAACGUGGACGACGUCGAGGCGGGGGAGGAUGAUUCCGCGGGACGAGAGCAUGACGCUGCGGCCUUCGACGAUUGCUGAGAUGAGGAGGGUGACAAGUGGAGAGGUGCCGCUUCUUCAUGACGGGAUGUCUCCGACUUCAAGAGAUUAUGAUGUUGAAGCUGGGUUUACGCGGAGAUCGUGUAAUAAUCGGCACUCAUCACCGCCUGGUUCACCGUGGGAGUGGAUGGGAAAUCGACAGGCCAGGCCUCUUUCUAUGAAUGGGGGCAAGUUCGGAGCUGAGGCCACUCAUACGACGAUGGCGGAAAAGCGGCUAUCGACGAAAUCAUAG